AUGGCUGCCCUCAUCGCCGAGAACUUCCGCUUCCUCUCCUUGUUCUUCAAGAGCAAAGACGUGAUGAUCUUCAACGGUUUGGUAGCCCUGGGCACAGUGGGCAGCGAGGAGCUCUUCUCGGUUGUCGCCUUCAACUGCCCCUGCUCCCCUGCCCGCAACUACAUCUAUGGUCUGGCUGCCAUCGGCGUCCCAGCCCUGGCCCUCUUCCUCAUCGGCGUCAUCUGGAACAACCACACGUGGAACCUGGUGGCCGAGUGCCACAAGCGCGGCACCAAGAACUUCUCUGCUGCCGCCACCUUCCUCCUCUUCGGCUCCAUCAUGGGCCGGGCAGCCGUGGCGCCCGUCACCUGGUCGGUCAUCUCACUGCUGCGUGGAGAGGCUUACAUCUGCGCCCUCAGCGAGUUUGUCAGGCCGUCCUCCCUGGACAAGUUCCCGGCCGAACAUGGGGCCGAGGUGCUGGCCAGGUUCCCCUGUAAAGACGUGCCGGCGAACCUCACCAGGUUCAGGGACGAUGUGACGCGGAGACUGAGAUACGAGUCCCAGCUCUUUGGCUGGCUGCUCAUCGGCAUCGUCGCGGUCCUGAUCUUCCUCACCAAGUGCCUGAAACAUUGCUGCUCGCCGCUGAGCUACCGGCAGGAGAACGUGAAGCAAUUCUUUGGCUUUGUGGCGCUGGACAAGGAGGAGAAGGAGCUGGUGCAGGAGUUCCCGGUGGAGGGCGUCCAGCCAAGCCCCCAGUGGAACGCUAUCACGGGUGUCUACAUCUACCGGGAGAACAAGGGCUUCCCCCUCUACAGCCGGCUCCACAAAUGGGCCAAAGGGGUGGAAGGGAAUGGGCCAAGCCCAGAAGGCCACGAAAUGCUCUUUUUGGCUUCCUAA